CGCAUAAAUGCAAAAGUAGAAGAAGAGAAAGGAGACAAGCACUAGCGUUGUAUCUUCAUACUGAUGUGGGUUUGCUGUGGAUUAUGAGUCUUCGUUAGCAGUAGCUAGCACUGCUGCUAAAUAUGUGGAUUGACAGUCAGCAUUCUUUUGCUUAUUGAGGUUUAUACUCGCGGUCUAUUGUACUAACUGUAAAGUCUAAGCGGAGAUGUUAAGCGUGGAGUCGUUGCAAGUGGCUGAGGAGGAGGUGGUUGAAUCCAGCUCCAAUAAAUUCGGUGACAUUUACACUUUCGUGGCUAAAGGCUGCUUUCCUCAGACGAUGAAUCCUUUACGAAAGAAGAAUCUCAAAAGAUACGCACAGAAAUUUAUCAUUGAUGAGGGCAAGCUGUACUAUGUGGGACCCAAGAAAGAAGAGAAAAGGGAGGUGGUGAUCGAGGCUGAGAGGAAGAGGCAGAUUUUUCUCGACUGCCACUUCAAUGACAUCGGUCAUCACCUGGGCCAAAAGAAGACCGUCCACAGGAUCCAGAGCAAGUACUACUGGCUGGGGAUCAUCAAGGAUGUUGUGGAUUGGAUAAAAGUAUGUGAGACCUGUCAGCACACAGAGAGGAAUAAAAACCUGGCAAGGACUGUCCGGCCUAUAAAAGUGGACGCACCUUGGGAUAUUGUUGGGAUUGACAUUAUAGGGCCUUUCCCAGAGACACAGCAAGGCAACACCAGUGUUGCAGUCCUCAUUGAUUACUUUAGUAAAUGGCCAGAAGCUUUUCCAGUGCAAAAGACAGAUGCUCUCUCUGUUGCAAGAUGUAUUUCCAAAUGCAUAUACAGGUUCGGUGCCCCUAAAACAAUAGUGUGUACACAGAAUGCAGACUUCUGCGAUGAGGUGACAAAGCUGCUAUGCGACAGGUGGAGCAUCUCGCAGAAGGUGUCUCCUCGGGAUCAACCUCAGCUCAACCCGCUCCACGACUGCACCAGUCCGUUACUGAAGGAAGCCAUUGUGCAGAUGGUGACGGACAAGCAGGCUGAAUGGGAUGACUUCCUGGACCCUGUGCUGUUUCUGCUCCGGACGUCCACCAACCCUACCACUAAGUUCAGCCCUUACUCCCUCAUGUUCAACAGGAAAGCUCAUUUACCCAAUGAGACUACAUUGAGCCUGCUGAACUAUGACGACCAAGAGCAGGACAUGUAUUCCACAAAGGAGAAGGCCUCAACGUAUAUGACCAUAAUGCAGGAGCAGCAGAACUCUGUGAAGCAGCUGGUGAUAGCCAAUAUGAACGCAGCCUACAAAGAAGAGAAGAAGAAGAAUGUCAAACGCAGGACACAUAACAUGCCCUCAAUGACAUUUAAAAUCGCAGAUCCUCUGUUCGGCGCAGGAGACUCGCCCUCACCAAAAAAACUGAAAGACAGUUUGUAUUUAUCUUUUCCUGUUGAGACGGUGCUGGCCACUGAGCAAAGCAGCGCAGAGGACAUGAAGACGGAGUUAGCGUAUCACUUAGCUGAAUCUGACGUACACUGAGGAGGACCGUUGAACAAGCACAGUAGAGUGGACGGAUCAGUGGAGCAUGACUACAUGUUGUCAUGAGCUUCCUUGAAGUCUUGGACAAAAGAUGGAAAUCCAGAUGUUGUAAAUAUGUGAUUAUG